UGUGUUUUUAAUCCGGUGAAGUGAUAAAAUCUAAUCUCGAUCCCCAAUAGUAAUCCAGUGAGGAGAGUUUCACUCUACACUCGUGUGAUUAUAACACACACACUAAUCGCCCAUCGCAGCCUUUCUUCUACUCUCUCUCGAUCCCUCUUUUCUCUUUCUCUCUCUUUUCUUUUUUUUCUUUCUUUUAUUAUUAAUUUUUCCCCAUUCAUUCCUCAAUAUGAAUUGGGGAUUAGGGUUUAUCUCAAUCCUCAUUGUACAAUUUUGAAUCAAAUCUUAAUUUUCAAUUCAUUCAUUCACUCUCUCCACACUCUCAAUAAAAUCCGCACAACAAUCAAUAAGCGGAAUGCAAUUUUCAAUUUUCAAUUUCAUGUUGUAAAUCUAGUCUCCAAAUUUUAGGGUUAGAAUUAGGGUUUUAGAUUCAAUUUUUCAUGAACAUGGAAAACUCUCGUAGAUCUUUAGAUAGAUCGAGAGAACCAGGUGCAAAGAAACCUCGAUUGAUCGAUGAGCUACAACAAGGUUCCAAUCAAACUUCACGAACGUUUCCUCAACGACAACAACCUACCUCUGGGGUUGCUACGAUGUUGUCGUCUGGUAGGUUUCGAAUGAACGAUAGAGACUCUGAAAGUAGUGAUGGUGGCGGUGGUUACCACCCGCAACCACCGCCGCAUCAAGAGCUGGUGACUCAGUAUAAGGCUGCUCUUGCCGAGCUUACUUUUAACUCGAAACCGAUAAUUACUAAUUUGACUAUAAUUGCUGGAGAGAAUCUUUCUGCGGCGAAAUCGAUUGCUGGUGCUGUUUGUGGUAACAUUCUUGAGGUUCCAAGUGACCAAAAGCUGCCAUCGCUUUAUCUCUUAGACAGUAUUGUUAAGAAUAUUGGGCGUGAUUACAUAAAAUACUUCGCUGUCAGACUACCCGAGGUAUUCUGCAAUACAUACAGACAGGUUGAUACUCCUGUCCAUUCAAGUAUGAGGCAUCUUUUUGGAACUUGGAGAGGAGUCUUUCCUCCUCAGACUCUUCAGAUAAUUGAGAAGGAACUCAACUUCAAUCCCGCGGUCAAUGGUUCAGCUUCUGCAUCUGCUACCCUUAGAAGUGAUUCUCAGUCUCAACGCCCAUCUCAUAGCAUCCAUGUGAAUCCCAAAUAUUUAGAAAGGCAACGUCUUCAGCAGUCCAGCAGGACUAAAGGAGUAUUUGAUGAUAUGGCUGGAGUUAUUUCAAAUGCAAAUGAAGGCGCAGAGAGGCCAGAUCGAGCUUUGGGUGCUGCACGUCCAUGGCUGGAUCCUAGGCUUAACAUGCAUAAUAAUCAGCAUACUCAUAGAGGUGCACUUAAUGACUCUGUUCCUGAAAAGAGCAUCGGCGGAGCCUAUGGAGAUGAUGAGUAUAAUUCUAGUGUUUCAAAUAGUUUGGGUUCAGGUGUUGGAAGAACCGGAAGUAGGCUCAUUGGUGGUGUUGCAGAGACCUUAUCCGGGCAAAGAAAUGGUUUCAGCCUCAAACAUAGUUUUUCAAAUCAUGAAGCACCGAAGUCUGUGAAUUUGGAUGCACAUAACAUAAGGAGCAGUGCAAUGUCAAAGAACUGGAAAAAUUCGGAGGAAGAGGAGUUCAUGUGGGAUGAGGUGAACCCUGGUUUGUCUGAUAAUGUACCUAAUGUCUCUAACAACUUGAGCUCAGACCAAUGGAUGGCCGAUGAUGACAAUUUGGAAAGUGAAGAUCACCUCCAAUUCACACACCCAAUUGGAACAAAGGUUAAUAAAGGAAUAUCCACUGUUAAGAAACAACUACCAUCAUCUGGGGGGCAUUCAUCAUUAUCAUGGGAGUUGCAGAAGCAGGUCCCAAGUGCCAAAUUGAAUAUGAAGCCAGGUCACUCAGAAAUAUUUGUUUCUGCUCCUAGUGGCUUACCCAAGAAUCCAAAUUCUUCGGCUGCGAGGAUAAGAAAUCAGUCUUCUAUGCCGCAUACAACAAUAGGAAUGUCCAAAAUUACAGGACAGCAGCAAUUUGAUUCUGAGGGGACUGAGUCCCCUUCGGAACAGUCUUCACCUUUGCGACAACAGUCUCCAAAAGUGCCAGUAACAAUACGAAACCCUCCUUCAAUGCGAAAUUUGGCUGAGCAAGAUUGUCCAACAACUCUUAAAACAUCUCAACAUUUGGGUGGUCUGCAAAGUCAAUAUAUUAGAGAUCCCGUGCCUGCCAUUCGUUCCAAUGUUCAGGUUGGUAACUUGCGAAAAUCACAAGAGAAGGACAUGCGGGGUCCGUUAUCUUCAGCAACUUCUUUUCAGCCAAAACCUCAGCAACAGCAGCUGGGUUCUUCACAGGCUGAAGUUACUCUUAAAGCUAAGCAGCCACUCAAAUCUAAAGCUCCUUUAGUCAAAGCCAAAGUAACUUCAGAAAAGUCAACCACAAAGUGUCUUCCAGCUCCAUCUGUGAAGAGUGGAAUCAUUCCCAAUAAAUCAAUUACCAGAAAUCUGGAUGCAAGCAAUCGUCCAUCUCAAAUAGGGGUUAAGCCUACUAGGUCAGGUGGUCCUUCCCCGGCCACAUUAAUUUCUUCGGGGUCUCCCGCCAUGUCACUAGGUUCUCCAGAUGAUUAUUCACCUACUCUGCCAAAACUACCGCAAGGGAAGGCUGGAAAGAAGCAAAAUGAUUCUACUCAACCAUCUACUUCCUCCAACAAUCGCGGUGCAUCAGCUCCGAGCUCAAAUACCGCCAAUAAGAAUACCUUGAAUCCAAUUUCAAAUCUUUUAAGCUCAUUAGUUGCGAAAGGUUUGAUAUCCGCAGGAACAGAGUCAGCAACUACAGUACGAAGUGAGACGGUGAUGCGAUCGAAAGACCAAACUGAAAGCAUUGCUGUCAGUUCCUCUUUACCAGUUGCUUCAGUUCCUGUUUCUUCAGCUGUCCCAGUAAAAUCUUCCAGAAUUGAGGCAGAUGAUGCUGCAAAGGCCUCGCUUGCCUUGUCUCAAUCAACUAGCACAGAAAUUAGAAAUCUCAUUGGCUUUGAUUUCAAACCUGAUGUAAUUCGAGAAAUGCACCCACAUGUAAUCGAAGAAUUAUUGGAUGAACUUCCACAUCAUUGCGGUGAUUGUGGUAUUAGGCUUAAACAACAAGAACAGUUUAAUAGACACUUGGAAUGGCAUGCUACAAAAGAAAGAGAACAAAAUGGUCUGACUGUAGCAUCAAGAAGAUGGUAUGUAACGUCAGAUGACUGGAUUGCUAGCAAGGCAGAAUGUCUGUCCGAGUCUGAGUUUACUGAUUCUGUAGAUGAAUAUGAUGAUAAUAAAACAGACGGGAGUCAAUUGGACACUAUGGUUGUAGCAGAUGAAAACCAAUGCUUGUGUGUAUUGUGUGGCGAGCUAUUUGAAGAUGUAUACUGUCAGGAAAGGGACGAGUGGAUGUUCAAGGGGGCUGUAUACCUGAACAAUCCAGAUAGCGAUAGCGAGAUGGAAAGUAGAAAUGUGGGGCCCAUCAUUCAUGCUAGAUGCUUGUCAGAUAACUCAAUACUUGGUGUGACUAAUACAGAACAUGAUUGAUUCAUAACUUGUAUUGCAUUGGAGCCAAGGUUAAGCUAGAAGCUUAUCAAGGGUAUCCAGGUUCUCGUUGCAUACUAAAACUAGAUGGCCCUUUCACUUUUAAAACUAUUGCCUUAGCUGCUUUCCAAAGCAGUCAAACAAAUUUUGUGCCCUUUUUGUUUCUUUUUGUUGUACUUGAGGAAAAAAGAGAAAUUAAGUAGUAGUCAAAAUAUAUAAAUGCGAGAUAGUGUUUUUGCAGCUAAAUUUGAUCUUUGAUAACUUUAUUUUACGAUGGUGAUGAGGCGGAUUUGCAUAUUUAACGCCUAUGGGGAUAAUACCGGGGGGUAACACACCAAGGUCAUCUUCAUCCAAACGGCAGAUAAUAUUAUGCUUGUCAUUCUAAUAACAAAGAUUUUGACCCCCCUCUCCUUUGAUUUUCUUUUGUUAAAUCUACACAUUCUUUCGGAGGGAAUUCAAAGUGCAAUAAUAAUGAUAAUACUCGUUACAUGUGUAUUGAUUUCCUUAAUUUAUCAGCUGCAUAAAACGAUAAUGAUAUGCAUUGUGUCAUUUUUUGCCAA